AUGUUUACCAACUUGGAUUCAAUUUAUGAAAUUGAAAAAAAAUUUUAUUCAAGCUGGAAUGAAACCAUUGGGAAAUUUCAAGUUGAAUUUUACAUUGAAGCAAAUUCUUUACCAGGAGUUUAUACAUUCAUUUUAAUAAAUUAUGCAAAUUCACAAUAUUUACUUAGUAACUCUCUUAGUUCUCAGUUAAUAAUUAAAAAAUCAAAAUUUGACAACCAAGGACCUAUGUUUAAAGAGAUAACAAAGAAUGUACCAAGUAUCGUUGAUGGAACCUCUGUUAAAUUUGGCACAGUAGGAUGGACUUUCAAAAUAGAGGAUCAAAUUAAUGGCUUUGAUCAUGGUUUUAUUGUUAUCAAAGGCCAAAUUGAUCAAUCACAUUACAACAUAUCCCUAUCAAAAAAUAAUAUUAUAUCUGGCGAUAUUUAUUUAGGUGCAUAUGAUAUUGGAAUAAAUAUAUCAUUCCCAUGUAUUACUCAAAACUAUGUCAUCGAUGAGGUAAAACUAGUUGAUAGAGUGGGCAGAAUCUCUUAUUUU